GCGUGUGUGUGAGAUCUAAUAGUUUAUUGCAAUAGCAACUGGAGGUCUGGAUUACGCCGCUUUAAUCCUCAAGAGACUUUGUGGGACGUUUUGAAGGUGGUUCACUUUCAAGUGCCCCAGGAAUUCCAUGGAUAUUAGUUGUUCCAUUCCACCGAGGCUUUGCGGUGUUCUUCAUAUUGCAUUCAUCGCUCCUUUGCCGUCACCAUAAAAGUCACCUAUAUCCAUCUCUGCGCCUAAAGGUUGUUCCAAUGCUCAUGGGGAACUGUCUGCUGCUGUUCCUUUGGUGCCUCUUAGACAAAAGCUUUGUUUCGCCCCUCCACUCUUCAUCCCAGAGCAGGAUGGGGAAGGAGCAGCACAGGAACAUGAUGGCACAUAGGAAACAUGGCAUGAUGGGAGUUCACAGAGUCAAGAGAGGAUGGGUGUGGAACCAGUUCUUUGUUCUGGAGGAAUACAUGGGAUCUGAUCCGCAGUAUAUUGGAAAGCUUCACUCUGACCUGGAUAAGGGAGAUAGUAUGGUGAAGUACACACUCUCAGGUGAAGGAGUUGGCUCUAUUUUCACAAUCGAGCCAAGCACUGGAGACAUCCAUGCCUUAAGGAGCCUGGACCGAGAAGUGAAGGCUUAUUACACACUGAGAGCGCAGGCUGUGGACGUGCUCACAGGCAGACCCUUAGAGCCCGAAUCGGAGUUUAUUAUCAAAGUCCAGGACAUCAAUGACAAUGAGCCAAGGUUCCUGGAGGGCCCAUACUCUGCUAGCAUCCCAGAGAUGUCACCCGUCGGCACAUAUGUGACGCAAAUAACCGCCACUGACGCUGAUGACCCUACUUAUGGAAACAGUGCACGGAUUGUGUACAGCAUCCUUCAUGGGCAGCCCUACUUCUCUGUUGACCCCAAGACAGGGAUCAUUAAAGUUGCCUUACCCAACAUGGAUAGGGAGGUUAAAGAAAUGUACCAGGUGGUCAUACAGGCUAAGGACAUGGGCGGCCAGCUCGGAGGUUUAGCUGGGACCACAACCAUUAAUAUCACUCUCCGUGAUGUCAACGACAACCCACCACGGUUUUCUAAAAGUAUCUUUCACCUGCGCAUUCCUGAAUCUUCACCUGUGGGCUCGUCGGUGGGGAGGGUCAAAGCUCAUGAUCUGGACUCUGGGAAGAAUGCUGAAGUGGAAUAUAGCAUCGUUCCUGGUGACGGAGGCUCCAUGUUUGAUAUUUACAGCAAUAAGAAUACUCAAGAGGGAACAGUCAUACUGAAAAAGCGUCUGGACUACGAGACCAGAAAGGCCUACACCUUCAAAGUAGAAGCUUCAAACGCAGCUCUUGAUCAUCGAUUCCUUCAUUUGGGACCUUUUAAGGACACUGCCACAGUGAAAGUGAAUGUUCUGGAUGUGGAGGAACCUCCUGUCUUUAGCCGGUUGUCUUAUAGAAUGGAGACAUAUGAGGACACACCAGUGGGCAUCAUCGUCGGAGCCGUCACAGCUGAGGACCUAGAUGUAAGCAACAGUCCUGUUAGAUAUUCUGUUGAGUGGAGAAAGGACUCUGAAAACCACUUUGACAUUGACCCUGUUGAAGGAACUCUGUCUGUCAGUGAAGCCCUGGACAGAGAGAGAAAUACAGAACACAACGUCACUGUUGUAGCAACAAAAGUUAACAACCCCCUGCUGUCCAGCAAAGUUACUGUCACAAUCAAAGUGCUGGAUGUCAAUGAAUUUCCUCCAGAACUUGCCUUUGUAUAUGAGACAUUUGUUUGUGAAAAUGCAAAAGUAGGACAGGUGAUUCAGAUCAUCAGCGCCACAGACAGAGACAUGCCUGCAGUCGAGCACCGAUUCUACUUCAAAUCCCCUUCACAGACCAGGAACAGAAACUUCACAAUCAGGGACUAUGGAAACAACACAGCUGGAGUGGUGACCAGGCGAGGGGGUUUCCGGAGACUGGAGCAGAGCAUGUACCUGGUGCCGGUCAUUGUGGAGGACGGCGGAUAUCCGAUCCGAAGCAGCACAGGGACGGUUUCAGUGCGAGUGUGUACCUGCGACACAGACGGCUCCCUCCUUUCCUGCAAUGCGGAAGCCGUCUUCUUUCCCAUGGGACUCAGCACUGGAGCUCUAAUGGCCAUUCUGCUCUGCAUUGUCAUUCUGCUGGUGAUGGUGGUGCUCUAUAUGGGCCUGAGAAAACACAAGAAGAAGGACACUCUGAUGUCGUCUAAAGAGGACAUCCGGGACAAUGUGAUCCACUACGACGAUGAGGGGGGUGGGGAAGAGGACACCCAGGCCUUUGACAUAGGUACGUUACGCAAUCCCAAAGGCAUCAAAGAGACGGCGCAGCUGCAAAAAAUAAGAUCAGAGGAUGAGCCCGAUCGGGCUAGUGCGUGCAUAUCCAACGAGGACAGCGAGGACAUCCGAGCCUACAUCCAUCACUGUCUUCUGGAGAACUCAACACCUCCGUAUGACUCUCUGGUCACGUAUGCAUAUGAGGGAGAGGGAUCGGUGGCCGAGUCUCUCAGUUCUAUUGAGUCCUGGGUGCUUGAACCCAAGGAGGAUUACAGAAAUCUCUGUGACUGGGGUCCUCGCUUCAAAACACUGGCUGGGAUAUUUAAAGAGCAUGAGUGUAAGGACACAGAAAAGAUGGAAAAUGAAGCACACGCUGAGGCACUAAAUGACAGACUGGACUGAGAGCAUUUUCACAUGCUCUGUGGAAAAAACAACUUUUAUUUAUUUCAGGCAUGGCACUUAAAGGAAUAGUUCAAUCUAAAAUGAAAAAUGUCAUGUCGUUCCAAACCGGUAUGCCUUACUUCAAAUUUUGCAGUAAAAAAAAAUCUUUUGGCAAUAGUGUAGCAAUGUAUGAAGCAUAGUUUACACAGAAGUCACAUUCAAACCAAACGGCUUUUUGCUGGUCAACGUGAAAAUCCAUGUGAGCAAUUUGUAGCUGAAAUCUGUGUGGGGAAAUCUUUUGCCCUUAAUGUGAUCUCAUGGAUUCCUAUUGAAAUGACUAGAUUUUGCCUGCAAAAAUUUACUGAAUAUUGGUAAAUAUGGCCGCACCUUAACACAAGACUGUUUUUUCUCAUACAAAAUACGUAGCCUACCUCUGGAUACUUUUCUGUAAGACCGUUUUUAAGUACCUUGCUGCACGUUUCGCUGCAGUUUCAACAAGAAAUGUCCACUGAGUGGCGCUAAAACACGGGUUCAGUUUGUGAACCCUGGCACGUUUUUAUUACGUUGAUAUAGGUACGUAUUGCUGUGUUUUUAUUACAUUGCUUCAGAUACGUAUUGCAGCGGUUUGGAAUUCAAAUAUCCAUUAGGGACUGUCCCUAAAAGUUAAUGUUCUAUCAUGUUGGAAAAAUAGCACUACACCAAACCCAAACCCAACCCUAAACCAACCUGAUAGUGUUACAAAUGCAAAACUAAUAUAAAAACGCAUUUGUUGAUUCAACCGUGCCAUUUGAACUUACCAUAUGCAGAUUUGAACCCUUUUGUUGAACCGUACACUCUCAGAAAUAAAGGUACAAAAGCUGACA